AUGCAACUUGAUCCGUACGUUUACGUACGGCCGGUCGAUCCGAUCAGCGUCAGCUCGGCAAAGAAGAAAGCGAUGGAAGCGGGGGCAUGGGCGGUGCUGGUGGCGGCCGUGGCCCUGAAAUAUUGCCCCGGCGAUGGUAAAACAGCAUCAUUGAUUAGUGAUUUAUCUCCUGCAUUUUCUUUAGCUGAUAGAGAGUAUUUUAUUUCUUAUGGACUACUUUCUCUGAACAUUGUGGUUGCCCUCAUGCUCAUGCACGUGUGGAUCGCCACCAACCUGCGCCGCGCGAGGGGCACGUACCAGACCUGCUGCAUUUCGCCGUGGCCGGCGGGGUGGCGCACCGGGCGGCCGGGGUGGGCUGGUCACCUUGACCUUGACGUGCGGCCCGCGCGCGGAACCUGGAGCACGUCCUCAAGCAGGCACGCUUCGACAACAAUUCAACCCCAAGGGCCCCCUUCUGGCACGGCGUCUUCCUGGACCUGCUCGGGCCUCGGGGACGGCAUCUUCAACUCCGACGGCGAGACGUGGGUGGCCGCGCUCGAGUUCACCACGUGCACGCUGCGCACCGCGCGCCAUGUCCCGCGCUCCAUCGACCUGCAGGACCUCCUGCUCCGCCUCACCUUGGACAACAUCUGCGGCCUCGCGUUCGGGAAGGACCCCGAGACGCUCGCCAGGGGCCUCCCCGAGAACGCCUUUGCCUCCGCGUUCGACCGCGCCACGGAGACCACGCUCAAUCGCUUCAUCUUCCCGGAGUGCGUGUGGCGGUGCAAGAAGUGGCUGGGGCUCGGCAUGGAGACCACGCUGGCGUGUAGCGUCCAGCACGUCGACCGCUACCUCUCGGCCGUCAUCAUUCAAGGCGCGCAAGCUCGAGCUAGCUAA